GAAUUAUUAACCAAGAUGGCUUUCAAUAAACAACAAUACGAAUCUCUGCCCGGGAAAGACGGAGGUACUCCACCAGUGAUGGCGAGUGAAAAACCGAUUGUCAACCAGCCAGCCAAACUUUCCCCCACGGAAGAAUAUGUUCUCAACCUGGAUCCGGCCACAGUAGCAACUUGGUCUGUAGAGGAUGUGAACAGGAAUUUUCUUGAACGUGCUGGAUUGGGUUAUAUGGCAGAGCAGUUCUCAGUGAACAAGAUCACUGGAAAAUGUCUGAUGCUUUUGACAGAGGGUCAUCUGCAUGAGCUUGGCAUCACUGUUCUGGGAGACAGACUUUAUCUGAUGGAUCUGAUUGGUUUAUUGAAGAGGAAAAAGAAGGAAGCCGAACUCAGUGCUUCCAAGUGGUCUGGAGUUACACCAGCUCCUGGAAUUCGGUACAAAGAAGACUGUGGAGAAUGUUGUGUGGCGUAUUGCUGUCCAUGUUGUUUGGCCAAGACUUUCUGGCGUGUCACAGGACAAGGUGUAUUCUACAAGCGCGAACCACCCUGUGGACUGUGGAUGGAAGUUCGAACAGAGUACAUGGACUAUCGAUUCUUCAAGGAUCUGGAGUUGAAGGAAACUCGCAAAUGCUUGUGCUGCUGUACUGCGUCCGAGCUGGAGAUGUACGUUGAUGACCAUGACUCCAGUGCUGCGCAGAAAGAGGGUGAGCCUCCCAACCCAGGUGCAUUCCAUCCUCAUGUGCUGCGUCACCCAGAGGCAGCACAAGUGGAACAGAUCAUCAGAAAUGCCUGGAACAAAGCCCGAUUGGUUGCAGAAGGCUAGGGUUUUCUGUCAUGUCAUUUUUUAUUUUUGAGUGGACACUCCAUUUUUUUCAUCUUUCUUCAUUAAGACAAUUAAGACUGGCUGGCCUGUGUCUACAGAAGAAGUUUUGUUUCUAUAUUUUAAAACAUUAUGUUUAUCUUCUUGUUGAUGUUCUCUUGCUAGGACAGAAAAUUGCAAAAAAUAGCUCCUUUGAGCAAUUUUAGCCUUGAAAGUUUGUACACUCAAUAUAUUAGAGAUGUGCAAAGUAAAACCACUUGAAAAUGUUCAUGUUUUACUGCAAAUUCUACAUCCCUAUCUGUGUUCUUUAUUUUUAUCCUAUAAUUUGGAUACAGAGCUAGGGAAUCUCUUUUCUUCAACAUGCAAAAAGACAAGGUAGUGAAACAUUUUGUAUGAAAUCAGUGGUCUUGUUAGUUUUAGUAGGUGUAGUUGAUACAAAAUAUAAGAUUCAACUGUUGUGAAGAAUUAAACAGGAACCCAAAUCAAGUGAGUAAGGAAAUUAAAAACCGUGUCUUCAACUCUUAAACAUGAUAUAGCUGAUGUUUAGCAACCUUCCCCUAAAUGCAAUUCAUAUCUCUUCUGAGUAAUACACACCUGUUUCCUUGACACUUCCGAUCUUUAUGGUAUUUGCUUUGAUUUAUUAUGCACUUGAAUUUUGUUCACAGAUCAUAGGUUGCAUUUAUUUCUUUUAGUGUGUGUAUCUUUUCAUGCAGGCAAAAUUGUUUUGCCUGAUAAAGGAAGUGCAGUAAAAGUUCUGGUGAAAUAAUAGAGGUGACUGAAAAGUGUGGAAAUUAGGAGUUUUUUUUUGGGAUUUGGGAUGUGUGUCUCCCCUAAGGAAUUUUUUUUCGCCCUUAACUUGAGUGCGAACAAAAUUACAUGUCUGUAUUCUCAAUGAAUUCCUCCAGGAAGAAUGUAUGGUAUGUUUAGGUGUAGAUGGUUGUGUGUAAUCUCAAGUAUUCAAUAAACAGCAAUUAAUAGUUUUAUUAAACA